UGACACAUAGGAAAUUUUUCAUAAAUCUAGAAAGAAUAUUGCUGGUAACCCAUUACACUGUCUUGCUUUAUCUUUACAAUGGUGUAGGUAGCAGUUAAACAUUAAUGGCAAAAAGUAAAGCCUCCUGUGCACCCAUACCUGAGCAGUAUUUGGAGAAGUGGUGUUUCAAAUUUUCUGGCUACGUGAUAAGAAGAGUGGGUUGGCUAGCUGGGACACAUGGCCCCUGAGCAGCAACUCUCUUACUGCCUGAACCUACAGUAAAACUUACAAAUUAGGAAAGGCCAGGCCAGCCCUGAUAGACCCUAAGAACAGAACAUUAUCUCCCUUACCCUUGAAAAGGGGGUAGAGGGUGAGGCUUGAAAGAAACCAGCUAAGUCCUUCCGGUUCAGGCUGAUAACACUUCCGGUUUUUUUUUCCUGACCUGUGAGCCACAGCACCACCUGCUGGUUAUCUGCCACCCAGCGCUGAUCCGAACAGAUCUUUCUUCCAUGUUCACCUGACAAUUUUCUUAGGAGAUGAAACCAAGGAGUCUCACACUGUUCACAACAACCCUCCUCCUUUGCCUCAGCAUGGUGCAGCCUAGAAUAAAGAAGAAAAGAGUAACAACGCCAAAACCUGGGUACUGCCCGGAAUUUUCUCUCCCCUGCCCGUUUGUCCGCUUACCCCUAUGCAAGCUUGAUAAAGGGUGCAAGGGCAUCAAAAAGUGCUGUUUCUACUACUGUCAGAUGCGCUGCAUGGAACCGUGGACAACCACGAUUUGA